AUGCAGUUGGGGGAGCAGCUCCUGGCCAGCGCGGCCAACCUCCCCGGCGCCCCUUUCUACCCGCUGGAUAGCGCGGGCGGACGCGCAGGAGGCGGUGGCGGCCCCACGCGCCACCUGGGCUCUGGGUCGCCGCCGCCGCGUCUCGACUUGGAAAAGGGACCGAAGAAGUUCGGCGGCGCGUCGGGGCCGCCGGCGGGCUUGCUGGGCGAGGCCGAGGCGGCGGGCGAGACGUCGCCCUUCGCCGCUGCCGCCGGCCAGGCGCCCGCCAAGGCGGCGGACGGUGGGCGCAAGAACUCGCCGUGCCCGGCUGAGGAAGAGGCGCUGCCGCCGGCCCCCGCGCCUGCGCGGUACUCGCUGGAUGGCCUGAGUCCCGAGCGCUACUACCUGCAGUCCCCCGGCCCGCAGGCUGGGGCCGAGCUGGGCGGCCCGUGCGCCCUCUUCCCGUACGCGGGGACGGCGGGCGGCGCCCAGCCCGGCUCCAUGUACCAGGCGCCCGGCGGGACGCGCUAUCCCUAUGGCUCCGUGCUGUCGCCGCCGGGGAGCUUUUCGGCGGCGGCGGGCAGGACGCCCUUCGCGGCAGCCGCUGGCGCCUACCAGUACGGCCAAGGGGCUCCGCCGGGCAGUCUCUACAGCCCCUACCCGGCGGCGGGCGGCUCCUGCGGCGGGCUCGGCGCCCUGGCGAUGCCUGGAGGGGCGGGCGGCAUCCGCGCCCAGGUCUUCCUCUGCAACCGGCCCCUUUGGCUCAAGUUCCACCGGCACCAGACCGAGAUGAUCAUCACCAAGCAGGGCAGGCGGAUGUUCCCUUUCCUGAGCUUCAACAUCACAGGCCUGAAUCCCACCGCCCACUACAAUGUCUUUGUGGAGGUGGUGCUGGCGGAUCCCAACCACUGGCGCUUCCAGGGAGGAAAAUGGGUGACAUGUGGCAAAGCCGACAACAAUAUGCAAGGCAACAAGGUUUAUGUUCAUCCUGAAUCUCCCAAUACUGGAGCCCACUGGAUGAGGCAAGAGAUCUCUUUUGGAAAACUGAAACUAACUAAUAACAAAGGAGCCAAUAAUAAUAAUACUCAGAUGAUAGUUCUGCAGUCUUUGCACAAAUAUCAGCCUCGUCUCCAUAUUGUGGAAGUGACUGAAGAUGGCGUUGAAGACAUUAACGACUCCUCUAAGACGCAGACAUUUAAUUUCCCUGAAACACAAUUCAUAGCUGUAACUGCAUAUCAGAACACUGAUAUCACACAGCUUAAAAUUGACCAUAAUCCUUUUGCUAAAGGCUUCCGGGACAACUAUGAUUCCAUGUACACAGCUUCAGAAAAUGACAGAUUAACUCCAUCUCCCACGGAUUCUCCUAGAUCCCACCAGAUUGUCCCAGGAGCCCGGUACAGCGUACAACCCUUCUUCCAGGAACAAUUUGUCAACAACCUGCCACCAACUAGAUUCUAUAAUGGGGAAAGGACUGUACCUCAAACAAACGGCCUCCUCUCUCCCCAGCAGAAUGAAGAGGUGACCAAUCCUCCCCAGAGGUGGUUUGUCACUCCAGUCCAGCAACCUGGGGCCAACAAACUGGACAUGAAUUCCUAUGAAACUGACUACUCUCCUAGUACAUUACUCCCGUAUGGUAUCAAAUCCCUUCCCCUUCAGACAUCCCAUGCCUUGGGAUAUUACCCUGACCCAACGUUCUCCCCCAUGGCAGGCUGGGGGAGCAGAGGCUCUUACCAGAGGAAAAUGUCUACUGGCUUACCUUGGACCUCCAGAACAAGCCCUCCAGGUUUCUCUGAAGACCUGCUUUCUAAGGAAAAGGUUAAAGAAGAAAUGGGCUCAUCCUGGAUAGAGACCCCGCCAUCCAUAAAGUCUCCAGAUUCAAAUGAUUCUGGAGUCUAUACUGGUGCUUGUAAAAGGCGGCGACUCUCCCCAAGCACGUCCAGCAAUGAAAAUUCUCCAACGAUGAAGUGUGAGGACAUUAAUGCUGAGGACUAUGGCAAAGACACUUCUAAAGGCAUUGGUUACUAUGCUUUCUAUACCAGUUCUUAAUGGGUUACAUCCUGGUCUCGUGUUAAAAACUUGACUGUUUAUAAUUUCAGUGGUGGUGCAGAGAUCUCUGGCAUAAACGUUGCCAAAGGAACUCUUUUACCUUCCGCCAAUUUGAAAAUGUACUUGUGCAAUUCUAUAGAAGGUGCCAAAGCUUUUGACUGACUUCUGCAGGUAAAAAGGGAAGAAACAGGGUAGCACUAAAAAAAAAGUCUCUUUCCUCCCUGAACCAAGGAGACUUGAGGAAGAGUGUCUAAGCAGCAUCCUGAUAUUUAAAUGAAGUGUUCUUUCAGAAUGGACAGGAAAGGUGGGGUGGGAUAAUAAAGAUGUAUAGUUUGGCCAAUGGGUAAGUGCUAUGCACUACCAACCAAUUUUAAGGUG